AUGGACGAAGAAACCUCAUUUACGGCCGAUGAUAAUGGUACAAAUGAUGUCGAUCGGACCGAUAACGAUCCUAGUAAUGAAGAAGAUGACAGCAGCGAUAACGAUUCAUGGUCAUCAUAUGAUAUCUUACCUUCAGAGGAUUUUGCAAAUAAUGAACAUGGUGCAGACAGUGAAAACGAAGAUGUGGACGUUGAGAAUGAACAAAAUAAUUUUGAGGAAUCGUGGGCCGAUAACUUGAGCCAGGAGGGUUCAGAUGGUCCCGGUGGUGGUGACGACGAAGCAGAGAUGGACAUUGAGGAGGCUCAAUACCAGCAGCGUGUGUUGGAGACACAUUGGAAGGUCAUGGCUAUGACUUUUCGGUCACAAGGGGAUGCAUAUAUAUUCUACAACAGGCACGCCAAAGAACAUGGGUUCAGCAUCAAAAGAGACAAGGUGAAACGAGGGAAGGGUGCUUCAGGAAUAAUACGGUUCAGGCGGUUUGUCUGCUUUAGGGCAAGGAGAAGGCAGAGGAAAUUCAUAACCAUGGAGGGUCGCACCCGCAGGCUUAGACCCGAGACUCGAUGCGAGUGCGGUGCGCAGAUGGUGGUGAAAUUGGACAGGGCACGAGGAGUUUGGUUCGUCGCGUCAUUCAUGGAUGAUCACAACCACGCGAUGGCUCGACCCGACGAGGUUCCUUUUUUGUGGUCACACAGACAGAUUGGAGAUGGCACGAGGGCAGAGAUACUGGCUAUGCAAGGGCUGGAAUCAGGAAGCAUAUAA